CAUCACUAUGUUCUAUCGCCCUAACUCCUUCGUAAGCAGCACUUCCACCGGUCACCCCGGUCAGACCGUUCAGCACUAUCCAUCGUCCGGCAUACAGUAUCCGCAGCAGCAGCAACAACCAUCGGGCCGGAUGGUCGUUCGGAACGUGUCUGGGCAGGCCCCCAGUUCGGGCUACGUCAGGCAGUACACGCCUGUGGGGCCCAGCCAGAAUAACGCGUCGUCACUCAACAUCUCCAACAACGUGUCGCAUCACCACACUGCGAAUCACCUCUCCCCUAGACCACCGCAGUUUGUACAGCAGCAGCCGCAGCAGCUACCACACUACGCCAACUCUGGGUCGGCGCUGACCAACCAGCAACAUACUCCCUCACAGAACAACAGUGGCCAACCUCCUAGGGUUCAAGUUGUACAGCGUGCUUCGAGUAUGAACGUGUCAAGCCUUGAUCAAAGCAUGGCACAUGGAGUGCCACAGUCAGCUUACAGAGCGGAGUCCCCUGCUCGUGUUCAGCACACUGGUCCGAGCCAGGUUGAGGUUGACAAAGUUCGCGCUGAGCUCGCAUCGGUUGAGAAGAAGCUUCGAGCAACGACCGACAAGCUGAGGCAGAAGGAAGAGGAGGGUCGGAGGUUAACUGCUGAGCUCGACAGCUAUAAGGUGAGCGAGGGCCAGUUCAAGGCGGCCCUGUCCAAGCUCCGGACGGAGAAUGCGUCACUUGCCUCGGCUGCGGCAACGAGUCGUGCACCUGAUCCGAAGAUUGCGGAAUUAAACCGGAGACUAGAAACCCGGACAGCUGAGCUGAAGCGGGUCCAGAGUGAGCUCAACACCUCAGAGGAGAAGGCUCGUCGGGCGAAGCACGACCUCGACAAGACUGUGGCAACUCUGAGAGAAACGAAGCAGCAAUUGGAAUCGUUGAAAGCCCACUUCGAGCAGCAGAGUCUGCUGGUUACCCAGGAGCAAGAGAUGCUGGUCACGGAGACAGAGGCCCAACGAGGCCACAUUGCCAAGCUCGAACAGGCCCUUCAGGAGGCGGCACAGGAGAACGAGAUGCUUCAGGCCGAGCUCAACUCCUCGACUACGGACAGAUCGGAAAUGAAGGUCAUUCAAGAGCAACUACGCAGUAUUGAAAAGGAGCGAGACGCUGUUGCGGCGGCUAGGGAUGCUAUCGCCGAUAGAGAGAGUGCAUUGAAGCUCGACUUGGAAGCUGCUAGGAAGGAGGCCAGGCAGGCGCUUCAAAGAGCCGAGCUUGCUGAAGUGAAGGCUGAAGGACGUGCCUAUAAGGAGGAUGUAGAGCACCGAGUAAUCAAAACGUCCAAUCUGUCGCAUUUGAAGCAAAACACGGGUGGCAGUGACGGGGGCGAGACCAGCGCGGCUGCUAUGGUGCGGAAGAAUAGGGAGCUGGAGGAUCUCCAGGAGCAACUGGAUAUUGCUCGGGAUGAGGUAGCCCACCUGCAACGCGAGAGAAGCGAGAUGGAGAAGGCUAGGCGGGAGGCUGAGGAAAAGCUACAGAAUAUCAACAUAACAGUAACGGAAGCCACCAGCAAGAACAAGAUAGUCAGUAAGCUGCACGCUGAGGUGAGCGAUCUAAAGAGGGAGAUCGCUAGACUACAGGAGGAACUUGCACGCUACAAAGGCAUGCCUAAAAAUAAGGAGAAUAGAGCCACUGAGUUCAACAUAGGUGCGAAAUCGAAGUACCUCAGUGUUGCUGGACCCGACAUGAAUACCACCCUGAACGAUGCUGAGGUCGGCCGGUAUAGCAAAGUUGGCGGCAGUCCCCUCGCUGAGUCGCCGAUGCCCUAUAAGACCCAACGUGCCCUCCCGAGUGAGAGCACCCUGAUCAAAUCGCCCGCCUCGGCGAAGAAGCUUGGGGGCAGGAACAGUAGUGGUGGUAGGAAGUCCAAGGAAUCUCCAGUGAAGAUCGUCAGGGCUCGGGGAUUGCUCAACAACCUCACUGAGAGCGACCCUGUAGUGUCCAAGGCACUAGCAGACCAUCGAGAGUCUGAUGGCUUAUCGAAGGAGGAGUGCUACGAGUUGAUCGAGAAGCUCUUAUCCAACCACGAGAUACCCGUCCGCGUCAAGAGAGUCACCUGCACCCAGGUCUUUCGCACGAUCGUAGAUGCUGUGUCUCAACCACCCCCAGCGAACCUCCCCUCGGGCCUGGUCUUGGAUUAUUGCAAGAAGGUUCUCGAGAAGAUCACCCACAGCAGUCAGUACGCCUGACUUUAAGCAAUUUAUUCAUGCAAGUACAUUCA